ACAGUCACAUAUUUAUAUUUCAUAAUUCUCGACUCAAUCUCUCCAAAUCCAAACCCCCCCCAAAGCCAUGGCCAAAGCUCUGAACUUAAUUAACCAUGCAAUUUUCCCGCCCUUUUUAUCCCCUACAACUACAAUACCCAAGAGGAAUUUCUGUAUUGUUAGAGCUUCAACAGAGUCCUCUGAGACCCCCCAAACUUCAGCUUCUGUUCAAACCAAACCAGAACCUUCAUCGCCGCCGGUAACAUUUGCUCCUCCGCCCAAUUUCAAGCCGCCGGAGCCAAAGCGGUUCGGUGUCAGGCCUGAUAAAGUUUGGGACAUCUUCGGGGCUUCUCUUGCCUUGUUCUUCCGGUUGGGGACUGGCGUUUUCGUUUCUGGGUAUUCUUUCUCUUUCGUUCCGAAAGAUGAUAUUCCUGCGGACCAGUAUGCUCUCGAGUACAAUGAUUCUAAGGUCAAAGAGACUUCAAAAGUAGGCCCUCGCCCGGUGAAGCCUAUUGAGAUAUAUGAGUUUGAAGGCUGCCCAUUCUGCCGUAAGGUUAGGGAAAUCGUUGCGGUAUUGGACCUCGAUGUUCUAUUUUAUCCUUGCCCAAAAGGUGGUCCAAACUUUCGUCGCAAGGUUGUUGAGAUGGGCGGAAAACAGCAGUUCCCUUACAUGGUGGAUCCGAACACUGGAGUUUCAAUGUAUGAAUCCGAUGACAUAAUCAAGUACUUGGUCGGGAAGUAUGGUGAUGGAACUGUUCCUCUUGCACUGUCACUUGGUUUAUUAACGACUUUGACUGCAGGCUUUGCUUUGAUUGGUCGUUCGGGAAAGGGUUCUAGCUAUUCUCCAUCAAAACUACCACCCAAACCACUUGUAGUCUGGGCAUAUGAGGGAUCGCCUUUCUGCAAAAUUGCGCGUGAAGUACUUGUAGAGUUAGAACUGCCUCACAUAUAUCGCAGCUGUGCUCGUGGCAGUCCAAAACGACAAAUACUGUUUGACAAAACCGGACGUUUUCAGGCUCCUUACCUAGAAGAUCCAAAUACGGGGGUGGAAAUGUUCGAAAGUGCAGAAAUUGCGGAAUAUCUAAGAGCAACGUAUGCUCUACAGUAAGUAAUGCUUUCCUAAAGAACGCACACUUUUUCAUUAUAUCUUUUUUAAUUUUGUGUUGUAUAUUUUCUCGCGUUUUCUGUUACUACGAAAGUAUAUAUGUCUUCGACGUAUUCCCAUAUACCAAAAUAAUCCAACAGAUUAUUGGAUGUGUACAAGUUUAUCGUUUUCUAGUAGAUUGCUUCGGUUUCAUGCUC